AUGCCCAUCACCCAUGUUCCGCAAGCCCGCACUGCAAACUAUGGCAGUGACAACACAGCAUUGAUGCUCUGCACAGGAUCAACAGACCUCGUGAUCAACCGCAUCGUAAAGUUAGCUGUCGAAAAUGCCGAGGACCAAAAAGCCUUAGAAAUUCAGAAUGCUACCUUGACAGAGACAACAGACGUCUCUGAAGCAAACCCAUCCUCCAACACGCCGUCAAAACAGCCUAUGUCCGCAACGCAAAAAUGGAUCACGUUUUCAAGCGUAACUCCCCAACUCGAGAGAGAUGAGGCUAUCAAGGAACAAGCGGAAUACGUGAAACGGAAAGCGGAACAGGAACAGCGAGGCGAUCCACCUAAAAGUCUAAGGGAAGAUGUGUUCAUCACAACGUACAAGCUUCGACGUGACGAUGACAGCUUUAGUGGUCGAAAGCGCCAAAAUCCGCCGAACGAAGCUCCUCAAACCCAAAGAUCCAAUGCUCCAGGACAGACCAAAAUUACCAGCCCCAGUACCACCGGCCCCGAUCGCUUCUGCAAGCCUCAACGCAACACACGCACCCGGUCCAAUCCUCGAGAGAUGUAG